GAAGUCUGUGUCUCUUUCUGCCUCUUUAAAGCUAUCGACAGCGCGGUAGGUGCCCGUGGUCCUAAACCCGCUGCUGAGGUGGUGUUGUUCCCCUGAGCAUCCCUUUUGGUCAACUGUCCCAAGCGGAUAGAUGGCAAGCAAAAAGCAAGGUGAAGUGCAGUUACAGACUGUCAUCAACAGUCAAAGCCUAUGGGAAGAGAUGUUGCAGAACAAAGGCUUAACAGUGAUUGAUGUUUACCAAGCCUGGUGUGGACCGUGCAAAGCCAUGCAGCCUUUGUUCAGAAAACUGAAAACUGAAAUAAAUGAAGAUGAAAUUCUGCAUUUUGUUGUUGCAGAAGCUGACAAUAUCGUGAGUCUGCAGUCCUACAGAGACAAAUGCGAACCCCUUUUUCUCUUUAGCGUUAAUGGCAAAGUUAUUGCAAAGAUUCAGGGUGCAAAUGCACCACUAGUUAAUAAAAAAGUCAUUGCCUUGAUCAAUGAGGAGAAGAAGAUCGCAGCAGGUGAAAUGGUUCGUCCUCAGUACCCUGAUAUUCUGCUCAUAGACUCCGUGGAUCAUGUGUACAGUGAAAUUGUCUUUUCCCUAGGGGAAAUGUAUAGCAUUGCUGUUAUCAAGCCCGAUGCUGUGCUUAAAGCAAAAGCUCAAGAAAUUAAAGAAAAGAUCAUCACAGCAGGAUUUGUCAUAGAAGCAGAGGAAAGGGCCAUACUCACUGAAGAGCAAGUGAGGGACUUCUAUAGUCAGACAGCAGACCAGCCUGACUUUGAAGAGUUCCUGUCUUUUAUGAUAACUGGUCUAAGCUAUGUGCUACUUAUAGUUCAAGGAAAAGGACAAAGUCCUAAGGAAGAAAGUGAGAUAAAAGCCAAAGAAUCACCUGAACUUUCAACUGAGUAUAAUGCUAAAAAGUGGAACAGUUUACAAGAAUGUCUGGAACAACAGCAUUUGUCUCAGUUUUGCGAUGUGGAAGACAACGAAGUCAAUGUAACUAGGCUCACUGAUGUCUUCUUCCCUGAGUUUAAAAUAAAUAAAGGGAAGAAAUUACAAAGGACAAUGGCAUUACUGAGACCAGACCUCCUGGAAAAGCAAGAUGAUAUUUUCCAUAUUAUUAAAGAUGAAGGCUUUAAGAUACUGAUGGAAAGACAAAUAGUAUUAUCAGAAGAAGAAGCCAAAAUGCUGUGUGAGGAGUUUGAAAACAAAAGCUAUUUUGAGAAGCUUAUAGAAAAUAUGACCAGGCAACCAUCUCUUGCCCUUGUGUUGUUAAGAGAAAAUUGUGUGCAGUACUGGAAAGAAUUGCUGGGACCGAGGACUACUGAGGAAAUCAGUGACUGUCAUACAGACAGUUUGUGUGCGCAGUUUGCAGUGGGAAGCUUGCCUAUCAACCAGUUGUAUGGAAGUGAUUCGGCAGCCGUUGCUGAAAGGGACAUCCAGUGUUUCUUUCCUCUUGAGAACACAUUCGCGCUGAUUAAGCCUCACGUGACACGUGAACAAAGAGGGGAGAUUCUGAAGCUCAUCAAGGACGAGGGGUUCGAGCUGGUGCAAAUGAAGGACCUGCUCCUCACUCCGGAGCAGGUGGGGAAGAUUUAUUUCCAAAUAACAACGAAAGAUUUCUACAAUGACGUCUUAGAAGUGUUGUCUGAGGGUCCAUCUUUGAUCAUGGUUCUGAGCAAAUGGAAUGCCAUCACAGACUGGAGACGAUUGAUGGGCCCAGUAGAUCCAGAAGAAGCAAAACUCCUGUCCCCACAAUCCAUUCGAGCCCAAUUUGGAACAAGCAUCUUGAAAAAUGCUGUCCAUGGAUCAACUAAUCACUAUUCGGUGACAGAGAACAUCAAUACAAUAUUUGGCGAUGAUAUGGGGGAGCAGUAA